GUGAUGAAGUCAGUUAACCACAGCCUUCAGCAUGCUCCGCUUAGGCGGCAACAGUGGCUUCUCAGUAGCGUCUCGGCCAUGACACACAUUUGACAUGCCCUCUCUCAACCCGCUGAUAGACUAUUUCUCUUGCUCUGCAGCAUGGACCAAAGAGAAAUCCUGCAGAAGUUCCUGGAUGAGGCCCAAAACAAGAAAAUUAACAAGGAGGAGCUUUCCAAUGAAUUUUUGAAGCUGAAAAGGCAAUCUACCAAGUACAAGGCAGACAAAACCUAUCCUACAACUGUGGCUGAGAGGCCCAAGAAUAUCAAGAAAAACAGAUAUAAAGAUAUUUUGCCCUAUGAUUAUAGCCGGGUAGCACUGUCCCUGAUAACCUCUGAUGAGGAUUCCAGCUACAUCAAUGCCAACUUCAUUAAGGGAGUUUAUGGACCCAAGGCUUAUAUUGCCACCCAGGGUCCUUUAUCUUCAACUCUCCUGGACUUCUGGAGGAUGAUUUGGGAAUACAGUGUCCUGAUCAUUGUUAUGGCAUGCAUGGAGUUUGAAAUGGGAAAGAAAAAAUGUGAGCGCUACUGGGCUGACCCAGGAGAGAUGCAGCUGCAAUUUGGCCCUUUCUCUAUAUCCUGUGAAGCUGAAAAAAGGAAAUCCGAUUAUGUUAUCAGGACUCUAAAAGCCAAGUUCAACAGUGAAACUCGAACUAUCUACCAGUUUCAUUACAAGAAUUGGCCAGACCAUGAUGUGCCCUCAUCUAUAGACCCUAUUCUUGAGCUCAUCUGGGAUGUGCGUUGUUACCAAGAGGAUGACAGUGUUCCCAUAUGCGUUCACUGCAGUGCCGGCUGUGGAAGGACUGGUGUUAUUUGUGCUAUUGAUUAUACAUGGAUGCUGCUGAAAGAUGGGAUAAUUCCUGAGAACUUCAGUGUUUUUAAUUUGAUCCAGGAAAUGCGAACACAGAGGCCUUCAUUAGUUCAAACUCAGGAACAGUAUGAACUGGUCUACAAUGCUGUAUUAGAACUAUUUAAGAGACAGAUGGAUAUUAUUGGCGAUAAAUACUCUGGAACAGAGAGUCAAGCAAAGCAUUCAGUUUCUGAGCAAAAUCACACCCUACAAGCAGACUCUUAUUCUCCUAAUUUACCAAAAAGUGCCAUAAAAGAAGCAAAAAUGAUGAACCAACAGAGCAAGCAAAGGACAAAGGUGGAAAAUACAGAAGUUUCUUCCUUUGACUUUAGGACUUCUGAAAUAAGUACAAAGGAAGGGUUAAAUUUGCACCCUGCUAAACUGAGCACUUCUUUUGACUUUCUGGAGCUAAAUUAUGGUUGUAACAAAAAUGUUGACACAACAAUGAAAUGGCAGACAAAGGCAUUUCCAAUAGUUGGGGAACCUCUUAAGAAGCAUCAAAGUUUGGACUUGAGCUCUAUUUUGUCCGGGGCAUGUCCUAAUUCUAAACCUGUAAAUGCAGAAGGAAGAUAUUUUAAUUCAAAGGAGCCAAUAAUACGGACAAAAUCAACUCCCUUUGAAUUGAUACAGCAGGGAGAAACCAAGGAGUUGGACAUCAAGGAAAAUUUUUCUUAUUUGGAAUCUCAAUCACAUGAUUCUUGUCUUGUGAAACUGCAGGCUCAAAAAAUGAGGCAUGUUUCUUCAGCAGAGCUGAGUUAUUCACUGCCAUAUGACUCUAAGAACCAAAUGUGUAACGCCCCUAAUGUAAAGCAGAAUGAGUCUAGUGAUUUUAGUGUAUGUUCUUACAUGGAUUUAGUAGAAGAUCCUUAUUUUUCAUCAUUGCCUCCAAGUAGUGCUAGUUCGAAGAUGUCUCUUGAUUUAGCUGAGAAGCAAGAUGGAACUGUUUUUCCUUGUUCUUUGUUGCCAACAUCUUCUACAACCCUCCUUUCUUAUUACAAUUCACAUGAUUCUUUAGCACAGAAUCCUCCAUCCAAUUUUCCCUCCCUACUGAACCAAGGGACAGCUGUAGUGGCAACUCCUCCAAAGAUAGAUGAUGAAAUUCCCCCUCCACUUCCUGAACGGACACCUGAAUCAUUUAUUGUGGUAGAGGAAGCUGAAUUCUCACCAAAUGUUCCCAAAUCCUCGUCCUCACCUGUCAAGGUAAAAAUUGGAACAUCACUAGAAUGGAGUGGAACACCUGAACCAAAGAUACUUGACGACUCUGUGAGACUUAGACCAAGCAAGAGUGUAAAAUUCCGGAGUUCCAAAUCAGAUCUACAUCAAGAUCGUUCUUCUUCUCCCCCACCUCCACUCCCAGAAAGAACUCUAGAGUCCUUCCUUCUUGCUGAUGAAGAUUGUAUCCAGGUCAAAUCUGUAGAAACUUAUUCUACUAGUUGUCCUGACACCAUGGAAAAUUCAACAUCUUCAAAACAGACAUCGAAGACUCCUGGAAAAAGUUUCACAAGGAGUAAGAGUUUGAAAAUUUUGCAAAACAUGAAAAAGAGUAUCUGUAAUUCUUCCCCACCAAGAAAGCAUGCAGAAUCUGUUCAGUCCAAUAACUCCAGCUCCUUUCUUAAUUUUGGUUUUGCAAAUCGUUUUUCAAAACCCAAAGGACCAAGAAACCCACCACCAACUUGGAAUAUUUAAUACAACUCUGGAUUUAUACUAUAGGCUGCAAGUGCAUCUGCAAAUAAAACUACUAGAAUACUGCUAGUUAAAAUAAGUAUUCUAUAUUCAUAGUAUCAGUAAUGAAGAUAUGCUAAUGUUAAUAGCUUUUGAAAGAAAAGUAAUAUGCAAAUACAUGUCAGCAGUUUUGUAUUUUCACAUUAUUUACAUUGGGUUGGAAACUACAAAUAAAAGUUUAUCACGAGCUUA